GAAGACGCGAUUGCGGCAUGGGGACGCAACGUGACAGGGACCCUCGGACAAACUUCUCUCUUACUGUCUUGGUCUUCUCUCGUAUUCUCAACCACUUCGCGGGACAAGAUAUAGAAAUUGAAGGGAAAUGAAAUAAAUAAAGGAAAAUCGGACGAGAUGGCGUUAGAAUAAAAACUGGGUUCCAUCCGAAAAUCCAGCAAACUGGUUUCCACCCUCUCUUUCUCUAUCUCUUUCUCUUUCUGCUGCUGCGACUUUACUCGUUGGGUUGAUCAUGCAAGCGGCUCAAGCUCAUCCUCCGCCUUCUGCAACGUCUGCUGAGAUUCCUUCUCAGGAUAUGAUUUGCUGCCCAUUCGGAGGCUUUGAGAAGUUUGCAGAUUGUGGGAAGAUUAGCAGGAACUAUGAUUAUUUUAGAAAUUAUACAACGGCCUCCAAAAGAUGAGAGCUUUACCUCGUGCAUUGUCAACUUUGACAAGCUGGAGUGAUGCUGCAAUGAAUCAUUCUUAUUAAUUAAUUGUAGCACACUGGCCUGCAAUUCUAUGCAUAUUUAGCUAAUUCAGGCUACCAAGUUUAAUGACCUAUAGAGAUUUCCAUUUGUGAGUCAGGCUUCUAAACAUUUUCCAUCUCUGGCUGCCAUUGCUUUUGCUGAUAUGCUGUUUGGUAUUUCUUGAAGAUCAUGUCGAGGGAAAUCGUGCAGAAAAACAACGUACCUGUAAAAAUUGAUGGAAUAGCAGGGAGCGCUUCUUUUACUCACACCAGAAGGUCAAGGAAUGGCUAAUUCAUCAAGAUAUGAAUAUGAAGUAUUCUUGAGCUUCAGAGGAGAAGAUACUCGAACAAGUUUUACUGACUUCCUUUACACUAGUAUGAUAGAUGCGGGAAUCCGUGUCUAUAAGGAUGACAAAGAGCUCCGCAAAGGGGAAAAUUUUGGCCCGAAACUACUCCAAGCAAUUAAUCAAUCGAAGAUCUCAAUACCUAUAUUUUCGAAAGGUUAUGCCUCUAGCGUAUGGUGUCUCAAGGAGCUAGUCCAGAUGGUCGAGUGCCAAAAAACUAGGGGACAAAAGAUUAUGCCCAUUUUUUAUGAUGUAGCACCUUCAGAGGUUCGACACCAAAUUAGAGGUUAUGGAGAGGCCUUUCUUACACAUGAAAACAAGGAGCGAUAUGACGAAGAGACUCUGCGUAAGUGGAAGGCUGCUCUCACCACUGUUGGAGAACUAGAUGGAUGGGACUUGCAAAAAAUGGCCAACAGGAAAGAAGGUGAGAUGGCAAAAACAGUUACCCAGAAGGUUUUCAAUGAAUUGAAAAAGGCUUAUUUGGUGGUAUCAAACAACUUGGUUGGUGUGGACAGUCAUGUGGAUAAAAUCAUGAAAGAGAUGGGUGCUCAUAUAAAUGAAACGCGGAUCAUAGGAAUUCAUGGGAUGGGUGGCAUUGGAAAGACAACAAUUGCCAAAAUCAUAUACAAUGAGCUUUCCAACAAGUACGACAAUUGUUGCUUCCUUUCCAACAUCCACGAAACGUCAAAGCUCAAGGGCAUUGAGUACUUGCAGCAGCAGCUCAUCCAUGACAUCCUUAAGACGAAAUGGGUGAAAAUAACAAAUAUUGACGAAGGGAUUAAGACCAUUAAAGAAAGGUUGCCUGAUAAAAAAGUCCUCCUUCUUCUUGAUGAUGUGGAAGAAAAGGAUCAUAUGGAUGCACUUGUUGGUAAGCGUGAUUGGUUUGGCAAAGGGAGCAAACUUAUUGUUACUACAAGAAGGAAAGAUGUUCUUUGUGUUCCGAAAGUGGAUUGGAGGUAUGAGCUUACGUGCUUGGAUCCGAAUCUAUCUCUUCAACUUUUUAGCAAACAUGCUUUUAGAAGAGAGUCUCCUGAAGACGACUAUAUUAGCCAAUCCGAGAGGGCGAUACGCAUUGCCGGAGGUCUUCCAUUAGCCAUUGAGGUCAUAGGUUCACUUUUAUCCGACAAAAAUAAGGAAAAGUGGGAUGACACAUUGAAGAUGCUAGAAAGUGUUCCUCAUGAUAAAGUUCAAAAUAAGUUGAAAAUAAGUUAUGAUGCAUUAGAUAAUCGGCAGCAGCGUAUAUUCCUUGAUAUAGCUUGUCAUUUCAUUGGAUGUUGCAAGGAUAUUGUGGUUUAUUUCUGGGACGCAUCUAAACUUUUUCCGGAAGCAACCGUGGAAGUUUUGCAAAACAUGUCUUUGAUAAAGAUUGGAGAAGAUAAUAUAUUGUGGAUGCACGAUCAACUCAGAGACCUUGGAAGAGAAAUAGUUCGUCAAGAAAGUGAGAUGAAUAUAGAGAAGCAACGUUGGGUGUGGAAUCCCGAAGAUGGAUUAAAUCUGCUAAGGAUACAUGAGGAAAAGAAAGAAGUUGAAGCUCUUCAUCUCAAGUUUGAUGAUCAGCGUUGUUUUACCUAUAAGGAUUUUAAGGGCCUGCCAAAUCUAACGUUCCUUGAAGUAGACGACUUGAAGAAAAAUUUUCGUGCAGAAAAGAUGCUUCUUGGGCUCAAAUGGCCAUCAUAUGCUCUUCCAACUAAUAUUUUCCAGAGGAAUUCAAAUCUCCUUCCUCGAUUACGAUGGCUUUCUUGGCAUAAUAUUCGCCCGACGUUUAAGAUUGCAAAUUUCUCUGUAGAGAAUUUGAUUAUCCUUGAUCUAUCUCGGAGUGAAAUUACUCAUGAUUGGAAGGGGUGGAGCCACAUGAAGGUGAUUAAGGAUUUGAAAGUUCUGAAUUUGGCCCAUUGCCAACGCUUGAAGACAACCCCCAACUUCUCAGCUCAUUCAAAUUUAGAACAUCUGAUUCUAUCACGCUGUGAAUCAUUAAUCAAAAUUGAUAGAUCAAUUUGUCAGUUGAAACGCUUGGUUUUCUUAGAUGUAAGCGAUUGUUCGAAACUUCAUAGGCUUCCGGAGACAAUUGGGAAUUUGGAAUCGCUGAUUGAGUUGAACAUAAGUUCCACGAGAAUCAAAGAACUACCCGAUUCCAUCGAAAAGUUGAGGAAUUUGAAAAUAGUGAAUAUGCAGUAUAGUGAUAUAAGCAAAAUACACGAUUCCUUUUGGACGAUGGAGAAGCUUGAAAUAAUGAAACUCAUCUGUAGGAUCCGCAGGAUCCAUUACGGGCAUGUGGAAUUUGGUGAUUGCAUCUAUGAGAAUAAAUCCUUGAGGAUCUUGAGAUUGGGAGAGGUGAGAAUACACGCCCUACCAAGGCUUCCUGAAAGUCUCAUUGAAUUAGAACUGAGGGAGUUGAGGGUGGACACGUUUCCAGAUCUCUCAAAUCUCGCUAACUUAAAGGUAUUGGAUUUGGAGUUUGGCCCACCUAAUUGUGAUGGGAAAUCUGAUGGGCUUUUGGAAGAACCGAUACCAUGGUGGAUUGGGAACUUAAGUAAAUUGGAAUCUCUGACACUGCACUUUCCCCGGAUGACCGCCUCAUCGACAGACCUCAGCCUCCCUCCUCAUCCACGUCGCCUCCCGAGGCUUCCCUCAAGUUUAUCCUCCUUAGAUCUCCUUUGUUUCCACUCACUUUGCUCGAUGGAUCUAUCGAAUUUGAGGAAACUAUCGUCUCUCCAGAUUUCGGACUCUGCAGUUGCAGAGAUUGAAGGCCUUGGUUGUUUGGAGAACCUACGAGAGUUGUACCUUUACUGCGUCGAACAGAUGGCGGUGCUACCUGAUCUAAGCAAGUUAAACAAGUUAAGGCGUAUUCAAGUAACCGAUUGUGGUAAUCUGGUUGAGAUUCAAGGUGAACUGCCGCGGUUUUUGGAUGAACUUACAAUUUAUUACUGCGAUUCGUUACAGGAGUUCCCUGAUCUAUUCAGCUUAAUCAGUAAGACAGAUGUUUAUGUGCAUAUUUGCAAUCAGCUGUUUGAAUCAACAGGUGGACAUCGGUUGCUGCUUCGUGGCUUUAAACAGAUGCAGAUCCCUGAUCUAAGCAAUUGCAACAGACUAACAUAUCUUUCAGUAGAAUCUUGUCAUAAUCUGGUUGAGAUUCAAGGCGAACUACCCCAAUCUUUGGAAACAUUGUGGAUUCAAUGUUGUGAAUCUUUACAGAAGUUGCCUGAUCUAUCAAGCUUGAAGGGACUGCGAGAGGUUACAAUAAGAUGUUGUGGGAAAUUAGCGGAGGAAAUUUUUCAGCCUUGCUCGGAGGAGUCAAUCAAAUUUGUGGGAGAAGACGAUGAAGAUGAAGAAGACAAAUUACCGGUUUGGCCAACAAUACUAAGAUAUGAAAGAGGACGAUGGGCAAGACAAUGAAUAAGUGCACAUUGCACUUGGAAGCUUUUUAAUGCACGACCACAAAUUGUUCCCUUGUGUUCAAACCUUAAACAAAUUGAGGAAAGGUGUGCUUCUUAGUGGGAUUUGCAAAUGUUAUGGAGAAGUCAUAAAUGAGGGAGCCACCGCAAUUCUGAGAUUACCAGUGUGGCAGCACUGGCUAAAGCAGUAGCACCAGAAUAUUUUAUCUCAGCAAUGAUGCCUUCAAUAAUAGCAAUCUUUGACGGGCACACUGACAAAAAUCAUUCUUUGCAGCAAACAUCGCCUACAGGAUGCAGCAUUCGCUAUACCAGUAGAGAAGGAGUGCCCUUUUGCUGAGACUUGAGAAUUGCACUCACUUACAAAAGAUUGGUAAGAAAAAGAGAGCACCUUCCCUUGGGGCUGCCUUCAGUUAUAGAACUGUGCAUUCGGAAGCAAUAUUGGCAUUGUUUCUGUCAUGAGAUCCACUCAAUUCCAGGAAAACACUGCCACUGCCACCAAAGUCGGUUAUGCGUCAUAUGCUACUCGCCACCUCAGAACUUUCAUCAAGUAGUGGUGGCUCUUCCAUGUACGCAGAACCUUUCAUCGAACCUAGUAAUCAUAAAAGAAGAGCUUUACACAAGCCAAGCGUCAAUUUGAGAAAUUCUUCCAUAUUCUUCGCAUGUACAAACUCCAAAAGAAUUCCAAUCCGCCAUACUACUUUCAGUUGAGAAAGCAACUUGGGAUCCAUUUCUGGAGCCAAUGCCAGAGCCACGUGCAGCUCGACAUCAUUCACAUUUGCACAGGACAGAUCACCAAGUGAAAAUCUGAAGCAGUGGCUGACUGUCUUUGGUUGUAGAAUCUCAGAAAUUUUAGUCAAGUUGAACUCUAUGAGCAUCAGGAGGAGCUUCUGCACACACAUUGGUAUUGGGGUCCUCAUCCUCAUUCAAGGAAAACGAACAUUGCAUCAAACGGAAUCUUGAGGGACAGAAAUCUGGCAUCACCAUCCUUGUUGCCCUUAUACAGAACAUCCAGACUCAGCAGAAUCCCACAGAUGAAUACAUCAGAGCUUUCAGGAAUCCAGUAUGACUCCUCUGUGAUGGACUCAACGCUUGCAUUUUGAGCCGGCAAUGCAGGUUCUAGGAACGGAUCGACGUUGUGCUCUGGUUUCCUUGUUCAAUCCUGAACUUCUCUUGGAUUGUGUUUGUAAUUAGUGUGCUGAAUUAUGCUUCGUGUGAGUGUGAACCAUCUAAGUUUUGCCUGUCCAGUGUUUGGUGAUCAUGUGCAAUUUGGCGUUUGAUGAAAUGAGCUAUGUGCUUGAGAUUGCAUGUGCUGGAUUGUCAGCUUCGAAGCACUUGAAGCUGAAGCGCAAGGUCUAUUGCAAUGGCUUCCUCUCUCUCCGCACCUCCACUGGCAAGAUUAGUACAUGCUGUGAUUGAUGGUUGGAUAAUGCCGUAUGAUGGCAGCGAGCAGCUGUUGGAAUGCAGGAUUUUGAAGAAUGAUGAAGUUAUUUGUUCCGAGUUUUGGUUGAGUUUCUGGAUAUGAGGUUCACUAUAAUCCCCUCUAUGAAUUGCGAGAUGCUCCUAAUUCCUCAGAAACCGAAAAAGAAACACUGGUUAUUUUAGAAGAAACUGGUCCCUUAUGAUGUUGCAACCUGCCAAAAAUGGGAACCAAAUUGAUACCGUCCCUAUAACCUUCAUAUAUAGAUUUUACAUCCCAAAUGGCACAGCUUGCUUUACAAUGCCUCCAAAUGACUCCUAACGAGCAGCCUUCGAGGACUAAAGUCGUGGAAGAACUGGAAUCAGUAGACACUGGCAUCGCUAAUAGAAUAGAACGGGAUAGUUAAAUUCACUUAUUAUGUCAUUCUUACUUCAUGUGAUGUAAGUCAAAGUCUGUUGUUCCACACUUUUCCAUUUGUCCCAGGAAUAAUCCUGGGCUUUGAAUGUUCAUUUCUAUUGUACUCAGCAGUUACUAGGAGUUGUCUUCUCUUGUAAGUUCUUUGGAAUAUCCAUGACAUGUAUAUUAAUCCAUGCACCACUUUGUGAAUUGACUUAUGUUUAUGA